AUGAGACGGGCUGGAUGUCAGGAGGUCACUGUUAAUGCUGGAAAAAGAAGUAGAAGUAAUUCUGAUAAUGAACCUUCACAUUCCAAUAUUAACAGACCCAAGCGAGCAGAAGUCAACUUCCUACCAAACUUUCCCCAAGGAAAGGAUCCUUCAAGCCUUGACCAGUUGAGGCAAGCAAUUGUUGAAGAAGUCAAGAAGGCUGAGAAGAACCUGCCCCUCAUUAGAAAGUUGAUGGAGACCACAUUUCCCCUGCGCAGACAAACCAUAGUGAUGUCCUGCCCACCAGUGAAGGAGCUCUUGGACCUCUGGCCUGCUCUAAAAAUGGAGUCUGAGUUGUAUGCAGAGUUUCAGCGGAUUACAAAUCAGAACCUGCCCAAUACAUUCUACGCUGAACUUGACCGCCAUCUUCCUCGACUGAUGACCUUAUUCAGACAGAAGGCAUCAAAAACUGGGAAGACAGCAGAUGCCCUGGCUGAAAUUCUAAGAAUUCACGAUGAACAGGACAUCCAUGAUAUCCACACCAAGCGCACUACCGUUCUCCACGCCCUUCCUGUCUAUCUGCGUGAGGAUGUCUCUGGAUUUUUCAGAACCUGCACUGACGAAUCUGAUGAGUUGGAGCUUGAUGGUGUUGAAGUGGCCCUCUUCACUGUCAUCAGUGACCAUGACACGACAAGUCCAGUUCACUACCAACCUGUGAAAAUCUCUGUCGUCAUUGAAAGUGAUGCCGUGGUCAGUCUCCCCAGAUUUGGCGAAGCCUUCCUGGUAAUGUUUGGACUGAUCUAUGCACUUCACCUCAGCUACCCCAAAGCCCUGACCAACACUUUAGAAUUUACUCAAAAGAUUUUACUUGGUCUAGAAAGUGGUAAACCGUCACCCAGGUUAUAG